GUUUCCUUCAAAGCUUCCCGCGAAGGACACGGCGGUAAUUCUUUUCACACAGUUUUCUUCACAAACGAAACGAGGCAAACCAUAUAUUCUUUGCUCUCUUACACCAUUAUAUUCCUUGAUAAAUUAACAGUGCUAAUUUCCCUGACCUCUCCCAAUUCAUUUCAUCCAAAAAUUGUCCGAAAAUUCAUUGAGAAAAUGGAGCUCGAGUUAGGACUCAAGUUAACGAACGUCGCUGACAAGUUCGCUUCUGACUUUCGGAUCGCAAAGGACCGUGCCGGCCCCGUGUUCGUGUCUAGAGAAACGGAUACCGCAUUCUUCCUCACUGCUCAUCUCAAAGGUUAUAAGAGAAGGAACAUAAAGAUCGAUAUAAACGAAGACGGGAGCUUGAUCGGAAUAGGCGGUGAAAAGCAGGUGCAAGAGACCGUCAUGGUGGGGUGGAAGUUGUACAAGAAAGAGACAGAAACAAAGGGAUUCAAGAAAGUUUUCAGAAUUCCACAAGGGGUGAUUGUUGACGAGAUCAAGGCCACAUCCAACGACGACGAAUCAACUCUGUCGAUCACCAUGCCGAAGAAAGCCAAAGGAAUCCGCGGUGGCACUGCCAUUGAAGAAGUCAAGGAUAGGCCAGAGCUCGUUAGAGCGGGGUCCGGGAGUUUGCAGAUUGCAGAUGAGAAGAGCGCCAUAGCAGAGAGUUCAAACAAGGGGAGAAUCAGAGAAGAUGGUGAAGAGCAACACCAAGAAAAACCAGUUUCAGAUCAUGAUCUCGAAGAUGCAGGGCGGCUAGCACCAUCCAUUCAUGGUGCUCGCUUGGAAGGUGACACGUGCAUGGAAGACGAGGAAAAGCAGAGCAACAUAGACGAUGUGCAAGAAACAAAAGAUGAACUGGAUACUUACAAGCAAGAUGUUGAUGAAAGAUCGUAUGAAGGCAGAGCAGAGCCUUGCGCCAUUGAACCUUCCGAAGAAACUCAAGAAGCAAAGCCUAGGGCGGGAGAGGAUGAUGAAGAGAGUCCUCGGGAGAAAAGGUUCAAAUUAUGUCUGCCUAUCGUUGCUGGUUCGACUCUACUUCUGACGUUUGUGGUGUUCGUCUUCCAAAUGAUACGAAGCAAGCACCAAACUAGCAGAAAGAGAGAUUGAAUCAGUUUCUGCAGAUUGUCAAUUUGUUUCAGGGAUUUAUUUCAAUUCAUUGCCAUACAAAUAUUAACUCAGUCCAAGAAUCGAUGGAUGUAGACUAACUGAGAAAACUUUGAUCCUUCGAUUUUGACUAAAACUUUGUUCUGUCAUUUAUAGACAUACUACUUAA